AUGGCGCGCUCCCGAGCUGCAUCGAGUGCCGAUGCCCCAAAAGAACCCCAUGGGGUCUCCCUGAAAGUAUUACGACUCUCACGACCUUCGCUGUCUUAUCAAUCUCCCCUCCCCGCCGCGAACACAAAGAUCUCCCCGAAAGCAUCGCUAGGCUACCCAUCUCCCGAUUCCGAUGACCAGUUCAUAAUCACGCCGAUCCUCACCCUCCCCCCAGCCUUCGGUUCGGUCUACGUCGGAGAAACUUUUGCUUGUACCCUUAGCGCGAAUAACGAAAUUGACGACGAUGAGACCGGACGGGUCGUGACAUCGGUGCGCAUUGUGGCUGAGAUGCAAACUCCAUCAUCCGUGGCAUCUCUAGAACUUGAGCCGUCGGAUGAUUCCGCGCAAUCUGAUGGGUUGAAGAUCGGCGAGUCAUUGCAGAAGAUAGUUCGCUAUGAUCUCAAAGAGGAAGGAAACCACAUCCUUGCAGUCAGUGUGAGCUAUUCCGAGACCAGGAUUGGUCAGGAUGCACAAGCUGCUAGUGGUCGAGUCCGGACUUUCCGCAAAUUGUAUCAAUUUGUCGCGCAACCAUGUCUUAGCGUUCGGACCAAGGCUUCAGAGCUGCCGCCAUUGGAGGUGAAUAAUAAGUCGCUCGGUCCAUAUGGGAAAACACGUUUGGUCCGCUUUGCCUUGGAAGCACAACUGGAAAACGUCGGGGAUGGAGCCGUUGUAGUCAAGGUAAGCAAUUCAUCAUCGGGCAUGGAUUCUCGUUUCAACUGGGUAGUCGGCAGUCUUGGCUUACGCAUGCAACAGCAAACCAGAUUAAUCCCCAAGCCACCGUUCAAAUCCCAAUCGCUCAACUGGGAUGAUCUGGAUGAGUCGGCAUCGGUACCUCCGACAUUAAAUCCGCGCGACGUGCUGCAGAUUGCAUUCUUGGUGGAACAGGAAGAAGGUUGCCAGGAGGGCCUGGAAGCUCUCCAGAAGGAUUUGAGGCGGGACGGGCGUGCCACUCUCGGCCAGUUGUCGAUUGAAUGGCGUGGAGCCAUGGGGGACAAGGGCUUCCUUACCACGGGCAAUCUUAUGAGCCGGAAACGCACAUGA